AUGUCUCUCAUCAACUAUCGCACCAUCAAUGUCGACCAGCUCGACCCCGAGUCGUCGGUCAACUUCCCCAUGGAGACUCUCCUCCCAGCCACGCUGCCGCAGCCCGAGACCUCGAGCGACGCCGCCAACGUUGCUUCGCAGGUUCGCCAACUGCUGCGCAGUGGUGACACGGAGGGUGCGCUCCGUCAGGUCCUGGAUACUGCCCCCCUGGGUGGUGAUGACCGCGCGAAGGAAGUGCAUCUCGCUACGGUGAUCGAGGUGUUGCAGGGGAUCCGCCAGGCUGAGAUGACUCGGGUACUGGAGGGCGUCGUGGGAGGCGAAGGAGGCUCGGAGCGAGCGGACUGUCUGAUGAAGUACAUCUACAAGGGAAUGUCUUCCUCCGGCUCCAGUGGGGGCGCUCAGUCUCCCCGCAAGGUCGUCUCUCCUCAGGCUACCGGAUUCUCGCAGAUUCAAGCUCGGAACGCGGGCGAGGGGGGUGGUGGUCAGCAGAUGAGCGUCUUGUUGAACUGGCAUGAGAAGCUAGUGGAGUUGACGGGUACCGGAUCUAUCGUCCGUGUCAUGACGGAUCGUCGGACCGUGUAA